CCUGAAACUACUCUCUUGCAUAUUCCAUUGAUACCAAAAAAAAAUGGAUCGACCCGGAUUCACAAUCGAACCCGCAAAAGCCAAAUCCAUGGCGGAAGCUUCCUCUCUCACUCUCACCGAACUCCUCCCUUCCCUCAUCACCUCCGCCCAAACUCUCGCCCGCCCACCCAUCUCCAACUUCCGCGUCGCCGCCGUCGGACUCUCCCAAUCGGGUCGGAUCCUAAUCGGAGUCAACGUCGAAUUCCCAGGUCUACCCCUUCAUCACUCCAUCCAUGCCGAACAGUUUCUCCUCACAAACCUCUCCCUCAACAAUGAACCCAAUCUCCAGUCCUUCGCCGUCUCCGCCGCACCUUGCGGCCAUUGCCGACAGUUCCUCCAAGAACUCCGCGGAGCACCCGAUAUUCAAAUCAUCGUAACAUCAGAACCCGACCCGAAAUCCAAAACCAUUUCUCUGUCUGAGUUUCUCCCAUACAGAUUCGGUCCACACGAUCUUCUUUCUCCACAAACUCCUCUUUUCUUGGAGCCACGUAACAACGGGUUAACACUUCUUCUUGCAGAACCAACACCAACACAGAAACUACCCAAUGGCGUUUGCAACGGUGGUGACACUCUAGACAUGAAGUUAAAGAUCGCGGCUUUGGAGGCUGCGAAUAAAUCUCACGCUCCUUACAGUGAUUCACCAUCUGGGGUUGCAAUUGUGGAUUGUAAUGGAAAAAUCUAUAAAGGCUCUUAUGUUGAAUCGGCGGCGUUUAAUCCUAGUUUGGGUCCUCUUCAGGCUGCGGUGGUGGCGUUUAUUGCUGGCGGUGGAGGUGAGUAUGAUGAGAUAGUGGGUGCUGUGUUGGUGGAGAAGGAUGGAGCUGUGGUGAAACAAGAGGGAAGUGUUAGGUUGUUGUUGGACGCUGUUUCUCCUAAGUGUGUGUUGCAGACUUUUCUGUGUUCUGUUGAUCAGUCUAAGGUUUGAUUGUAGUAAUAGAAAACAAAGACAGAAAAAUAAUGUUAAUAUGCAUGAUGCAUCUACGAGGUACAUACUGUCUAGUUUUCACGUUUUGUUAAUGAAGUAUUCAUAUGUUGGCCACAAGAUAUGAACAUUGUCUUUGUAUUUUUGAUUUUGUGAUAAAAGUUUAAUGAUUCAUUUUGUGUA